AUGAUUUUUUUCCUCAUUGUUCCAGACGCCCCGCUUCCAUCUGAUCCUCCCCUGGAGCUUCGCAUCUUGAUGAUUGAUCAGGUUGAUUUCCCUUUUCUUAUCAGAAUAGAACUUUCCUCCAAUGACUAUGAGGAAGAUUUUACUGCGGAUGGUGCAGAGAUUGUACCUGGGUUUUCGGUGUAUGACAGGAUAGGGGAUUAUCAUGAGGUUGGUUGGCCUUUUAAUGGUGAGUCUCUUGAUGGGUCUAGUGAAGGCUCCAUGUAUGGUCUCUGCGAUAGCUCUGAGACAGAAGACGAUGACGACGAAGACGAUGACAACGAUGACGAUGAAGACGAUGACGAUGAAGACGAUGACCACCUUCCACCACAGGGCGAAGAAGACCACCAACCUCCAGGGACCGGCUCUGUCUCCAGGAAGAGGACAAGAGAGGAAGACGAAGAUGAAGAGGAGCCCCCUGCGAAGAUGUUUGGUCGUGGGAGGGAAUAGGAAUUUCAUCAAGGAGUUUGUUAAGGAGUCUGGCAGGUCUAGGGAUGCCUCAGGUAGCGUCUUGCGCUGUGGCUUUUCUUUACCCCGCUGCUAGAUUUAGUUUUUUAGAUGUUAAGG